CACCAGUCUCUUCCGAGUGUCAGAAAAAAAUGGCUUCUCGAAUGUUAGGUUUUGCACGUAGAGCAUUAUUCUCUCAAAAUAAAGUGCUUCUCGCUCGAAUAACGACCCAAAACUCAACAUUUAAGAAUUUGCGAUGCAUUUCUACUACACAACGUCUGACAACGGAUUCAAGUGACAAGUUAUGGAGUUUGGGAAGACUCAACCAUGUUGCCAUUGCUGUUCCAGAUUUAGACAAGGCAUCAAAUCUUUACAAAAAUGUGUUUGGUGCUAAAGUUAGUGACUCUCAGGCUUUGCCAGAACAUGGUGUCUACACUGUUUUUGUUGAUCUUGGUAACACAAAAAUUGAGCUUUUGCACCCACUUGGUGAAAAGAGUCCCAUUUCUGGUUUUCUCAAAAACAAGCCUGAUGGAGGAAUACAUCACAUUUGUAUCGAGGUGAAAAAUAUCAAAGAAGCAAUGAAGGAUUUAAAAGAACAUAAAAUAAGAGCUCUCAGCUCUGAACCAAAGAUUGGAGCUCAUGGGAAGCCUGUGGUAUUUCUUCACCCUAAAGACUGUGGAGGAGUGCUGGUGGAGCUCGAGGAAGAAUAGCAAUAUACUUUUAGCUAUUUUAGGAAAAUAUUUCUAAGUCAGUCUUAAGAAGUAAUAGACCUAAUUGGCUAAUGUGUUGCUAUGUACCUUACCACCAAAUUCAAACCUUCUGGGAAUACAAGCGUUUGUUUCUAUGAAUUCAACUUAAACCAAAAUAUAACGAACAAUGAAACUUAGUCCCAUGUGGUUUGAAUUGGGUGAAAACAUUUAUAGCAACAUGUUAGCCAAUUAGGUCUAUUGAAUUAGACAACAAAAGAACAAGAAGCUAAAGUAAAUGCUGUUGAAAUUUUUAGAAAAAGUAAUGUAUUGUUUUAGGUUUUGUAUCAAAUUAUUUUUGAUUUAUAGCAGAAGCGACAUGAAAGAGAGAGCUUGAAGAUAUGAAAACUAAAACAAGAGACUAAAGAUUAGAAAGAAAGAAAACAAGAGAGAGAGGAAAGGAAGACAGAGAGAGGAAAGGAAGACAGAGAGAAGGAAGGAGAAAGGAGAAAGUAUAAACUUAAAAUAUAUAAAUUAAUAAAAAAAGAACAAAAGAAUUAUCUUUACAUCAAGAGUUUAAAAUUUAGUUUUUGUAAAAGGGGUAUUCAUAUUCUUAUUAUUACACUGAUAAUAUUUAUUUACAGCAGGUUGCAUUUAACACUUUAUGUCCAAUGACAGUUUUUUUGGUAUGCUUGACCAGAUCUAGGAAUUUGUUAGGGGUCGUCCCAAAUAAAGAAAUCAUAUAGAGAUAUUAUGCAUCAUAAAUGUUUCUUUUGCUUCAAAAAAGUGUAAGAUCAAUUAUGGCAUUAGGGGGUGUCCGGUGUGUACUGCAUUGCAGGGUACCUCUAUCCAAUAUGACAGGAUCUGAAAUUGACAGAAAAUAAAAUUGAGAACUUCAAGUAAAAA